GGGUCGAGGACUAUCUACUGCACACCGGCCUAUCGCUCAGAACUACCAUGGGUGCACCAGCGAACCAGCACACGGGCCUGUCUUCCCAGUGGCUCUUUCCAGUAUCAGCACUGGAGCAUACCCCCAGCAUCGCAACCUCAGCUUACACCGUCGCGAAAGAGCUCUAUGACCGUGCUAGGGGCGUCGAGUUUCUCUUUCGUUUGGGCUCUUCCUUAGGAUUGCCCUCCUCAGCAAUGUUCACCGCCGCAACCUGGUUCCACCGCUUCUUCAUGCGCUAUUCCAUGGAGGACUAUCAUCGUCAAGAUGUUGCCGCCUCGUGCAUCUUUCUCGCAACAAAAACGGAAGAAUGCGGGAGAAAACUUCGCGACGUCGCCAAAGUGUGUCAUUCAAAAAUCACAGGCGUCGAUAUUUCCCAGAUCUCCACUGAUAGUAGUGAAGUCGAGCUACGCCAGACUGCUAUCUUACUAACAGAAGAAGUUUUGCUUGAGGCCCUUUGCUUUGAUUUUGUGACAGGGAGCCCACAUGCAGAGUUAGUAGACCUGUACAACGCACAUCAGGACGAUCAUCAGGUUCAGGAAUAUGCGUGGAGUAUAGCUCAUGAUUCGUACCGGACCCCUUUGUGUAUACUGUUUCCUUCUCGUAUCAUUGCGGCUGCAUGUUAUGUAUUGGCACAGCGAGUCGUAGAUGGUCCUCAUUCGCCAUCAUUAAACGCACGCAUAGCUGCAUCUCCUCCAUCAGCAUCACUGCCAACGCCUCCAUCGCAUAAACCCGCUUCUCCAGACGCUUCCCGUCUAGUCAUUGCGUAUUUUUCUUUCAACGAAGUGGAACUUUCAGGCGUAGCUGGAGCACUGAGUAUCCUUCUCGAGUUUUACUCCGCGCAAGAUUUUCAAAAUGCUUCACCUUACGUGGAACCUCUGGUUGUGGUGCCACCUCCAACUUGCCCGCCGCGCGCCAAGCUAUACUCACCCUUCUCCCGGUUGUUUGUUCCCUCCUUGGGCAGUAUUAAUGCCGCGACUUCAUCCACCGACGGAAACACGCCCAAGUCGUCCUAUGGCGGAAAUACUCCUGCCAAGACACCUUCACAGGAAGGAAAACACGACAAAGACGACGAGGGCAUGACUCUAGAGCCUUCCAAGAAGCCAACUGAGCGGCUGGAUCUGAGCUAAUAAUGUCGUGGUCAUGCGAUAGUUCAGACACUAAUGAUUAGUGGAUCAAACGACUUCUCUUCGCUGUGAUAAGAUAUUAGAUACGGACAAUCAACCAAACAGAGAGCGAGUUGGGUAGAAGACCGUACAAUAGAUACCAUGUCGAAGAAGCUACCUGUACAUUUAGCCGAGUUGUUGACAUGGAACAACAAGGCACAGAUAGGGAUUGAUUAUCACAAAGCUUUUCGAGAUAUAUGCACGUUCGUUGUGGGCA